AUGUUAUGCCAUUAUAGUCCCUUCUUGACUGCUGACAAGCUUGAAAGCCCUCUCCUUUGUGAGGUUGCAUGGUCUGAGUUUCCAGAGUAUCUAGGCUGCUUGGGAUUUAAUUGUGUUUGCUGCUUUGCCUGUUCAUUUGGAAGUUCUUCACAAAUAUGUUUGAGGACAGCGGCCUUUUAUGUCAAAGGAUCAUAUCGUCUGUGGAUUAAGAAUGUUUUCGAGCCUUCUACUGGCUUUGUACUUGCAGAAUUUAUAGUACUGAAGUCUGUUCCUUGCAGAAUUGGUGGACCAUGGCCAGGGGAAAGGAAAGAUAAAGGGCAAAUACAUAGAUGUGGAAGAUUUCAAAAUCUUUCAUUUGUGGUUGUGCAUGCUGUUCAGCGUUGUUGCAAUGGAAGAUUUCAAAAUCUUUCAUUUGUGGUUGUGCAUGCUGUUCAGCGUUGUUGCACGAGAGCGUUUGCUCCCAUCCUUAUUAUAGAAAUGUUGUGGGAAGGCUAUGCUUUUGAAGGAGAUGCUGCAGAUUCAGAUGGUGCACAGAGCACUGCAAUUGGAUUGAGCUAA